UGUGUGGCGGUUGGUGGCGGACGCCUCGUGCCGCCGGGGUCUCUCUCUGUGUCUGUCUGUGCGCGUGUGUGUGUGUGGCGGUUGGUGGUGUACGUCUCGUGCCGCCAGCUGCCGACCGGCGGGGUCCGUGUGUGUGUGUGUGUGCGCGCGUGUGUGUGUGGUGGAACCUCGCGUAGCCGCCGCCGCCCGUGUGUGUCCCGCGCGGAGCCCCGUAGUCCCGGGGUGUGAUGGGAGAAUCGGUGUCAAAGCGGCUGAGGUCGGAGCUGGAGCUGGAGAUGGAGGAGCGCUCGUUCGUCAACCCGUACCCCGACCGGGGCGAUGCAGCGGGCGGAGGAGCCGGCCCGCCCGAACAGCAGGACGGAGCGGACUGCUUCGACGAGCAGGGAAAGAUCUGUCCUGCCUUCAUAAAACGGAUUCAAUCUAAAAUCAAAGACCUCCUGAUACAGAUGGAAGAAGGUCUGAAGACUGCAGAUCCUCAUGACUGUUGUGCUUACACCGGCUGGACAGGGAUUGCUCUUCUUUAUCUACAAUGUUUCCGUGCAACCCAGGACAUGGCAUAUCUCCAGCGAGCUCUGCAUUAUGUGAAGAGAACUCUACGUAAUCUGAAUGGUCGAAGAGUUACCUUUCUUUGUGGUGAUGCUGGUCCUUUGGCGGUUAGUGCAGUUGUACACCACAAGCUCAAGAACACAUCUGAAUCGCAGGAAUGCAUUUCAAAAUUGUUACAAUUGCAGAGAACAGUGGUAUGUUUGGACUCUGAUCUCCCAGAUGAGCUUCUUUAUGGCCGAGCUGGAUACUUAUACGCUUUACUAUAUGUAAACACAGAGAUUGGUCAAGAUACUGUUCCUUGUUCCGUUAUUCAGGAGGUGGUUGGUGCCAUAAUUGAAUCUGGCAAGAACUUAUCUAAGGAAGAGCGCAAAACAGAACGCUGUCCACUUUUGUAUCAAUGGCACAGAAAACUGUAUGUUGGAGCAGCACAUGGUCUUUCUGGGAUCUACUACAUGCUAAUGCAGCCAGGUUCAAAGGUGGAGCAAGAGACUUUGAUUGAAUUGGUAAAACCCAGCGUGGACUAUGUGCGACAUAAAAAGUUCAAGUCCGGAAAUUAUCCUUCAUCAUUAAGCAAUGAAACUGACAGACUGGUUCAUUGGUGCCACGGUGCUCCUGGUGUUAUACACAUGUUGAUACAAUCAUACAAGACUUUCAAAGAAGAUAAAUACCUGAGAGAUGCAACUGAGUGCAGUGAUGUUAUCUGGCAGCGAGGGCUGCUGCGAAAAGGUUAUGGAAUCUGCCAUGGAACUGCAGGAAAUGGAUACUCUUUCCUCUGUCUGUACAAGUUAACUCAGGACCGAAAAUAUCUCUAUAGAGCUUGCAAAUUUGCAGAAUGGUGUUUGGAUUACGGAACUCAUGGAUGUCGUAUCCCCGAUAGACCAUAUUCCUUGUUUGAAGGGAUGGCCGGAGCUAUUCACUUCUUGACUGACAUUUUGAAUCCAGAGACAGCCCGAUUUCCAGCCUUGGAACUCUAAAGUAUAACAAAGUUGUGCUACUUGAAGAUUGAAUGAUUUUGGAUAUGGUGUAGGACCACGUCGUUUCUGUGGAGAAUAGGACUUCUCGGUACCUCUUUUCUGAAUACCUGCACAGCCUAAAUUUAAUGCUAUUUCAAGAACUUAAAAAUUUGAAGGCAACAAUCAGAGCAAAUUCCUUUGUCUUGCAAUUCAUUGCAUUUCAGUUUCAACAAAAUGAAAUACCUAAAAUUGACAUGUGCUUACAUCAGUGUUUGAUUGUGUGCUUGUAUAAUAUCCUAGCCUCUUAGGUUGUCUUGGUCCUGUUUAUUUAGAGUCCAUGCAAUUUCCAUCAUAGUACUUUUCGUGCAUGUGAAGAAGCCAAACAUUGACCCACUGGUGCUAAUUCUGCUUGAAAAGACACUUGGAAUAAUUGUCAUAUGUAGUCAGGGUUGCUGGUCAUGUUUUGAUUUUUUUUUUUUUUUUAUUGCAACAAGGCAGAAAAUAAAGUAUGCAUUUGCUAAAUCUAGCAGUUGGUUUGUGCUGAGGAAAAAAAAAGUUGAAUUUGCCCCCAAUAACAUUUUUCUUGCGUGUUUCAUUUCUUUCCCACUUGCAUUAUCUUUAAUCGGAUAUGUUACAAUCUUGCAACACUGCUUAUAAUACAAAUAUAUUGUUCUAAUGCUGGUUUUACUAUUAAUGAUAAGGAACAGUUGUUGCAGAAAAAUUAAAAUGUACAAGCAACCUCAAAGUAUUUACUGUGAGCAGUUCCAUGCUCUUUGCCUCCUGAAUAACAUAUAUUUGGAAGUAAUGUAGAUGCAAACUGGGCUUUUUUAUUUGCAGCCUUUUUGCAGAGAAAUAACAGGUUGAAAUGUAUUUUUAAUGUUAAAAGAUAUUCUUAAGAUAGGGGUUUUAAAUUUGAACAAUUUUGGUGGGACACUUUAAACUUCCACAGACUUAAUGCAAAUAUGUGUGUAAGUAUAUGUCCUUAAUGAUUGUUGGGGAGUUCUGUACCUCUACUGCACUUCAGUCCUCUCAAUUUCAACCUGCACCCAUCUCUGUGCUAAGGUAACAUACAAAAAUCAAAUAUAUAUUAGGUGUACAUGGUAACACUGCUCCCUGGCUGGCUUCAUACUCACUUUAAAUGUAAAAUGACAAAUCUAAUGGUACGUAUCAUGGAAACUUGUAUUUUUAGUAUCCUUGAUGAUGUCAGAUUCGCUAUCCAUUAUAAAGAAUUGUUAACAU